GCCCAACACGCGCAGAGACGCAGCACGAACGACAUGGCACUGCCGCCGCUGCAGGCAUGGUUGCUUUGGGUUGCUCUCCUCAUCGCGACAACCCUUGCAUCGUCUUCCGAUGCUGGCAAGACAUUCGCGCCAUUGUCGGUAUUCUCGGCGCCGAUCUGCCGCUUCACCGCUCGUCCGUGUGUGCGACUAAUAGAUCGAAAUGCGUCCGAUAUCAUUGCGCUACCGAUGGCCGCCUGGCUACCUCGGCAAUUCGCCGUCUACGCGCCACUUACAUCCUCCUCAACAUGUCCGACCAACCAUUCCAUCUGCGUCCCGACGUCUGCGUACGUUCCUACGCUCACCCGCCUUUCCAGCGGCGACAUCAACCUCACGAUCGCGCUCCUGGACUCUGACGUUGUCGCCGACACCGCGCUCACUUUCACGCUGUCGUCGUCGACCUUUGUCCACGGUCCGUCCUGCAGUCCCAUGGGCACGUGCAACGACUCGAUGUGGACAAUCUCGUCACCGUCGUCACCGUUCGUCGUCACAUUUGUCGUCACGAAUGCCACGGGCUCGUUCAACGUCACCCGCACUCCCACCAUCUUGGCGUCCAUGAACCUCGCCGCCGCCGCCAUCCUUCCCGCGUCCAACAUGGAGUUCUCACCGACCGUGUCGUUCGAGACCGACCCCACAUGCAUGCGGCUCAGCAUGUACCUGCCGCGGACACUCUCGGCGCUGUCGCUGUGUCUGUCGUUGGACCAGGACAUGUGCCGCCCCCACAACGAUCUGCCGUCGACGUUUCCGCCGCUGUCGUGGAAUGCAUCGUCCCCAGCGAGCAUCCUCCAGGGCAGCGCCAGUGUCCGCGUCAACGUCACGACGACGUCCGCCACGUCGUUUUGCUUGACGUUGCAGUGGGACCCCCAUGACGUGGCAAUGCUCCAGUCGCCGCUAGGGCUGUCGUUUCCCAACGUCCAUCUCACAGCGAACGCCACUUCCGUGUCAUCACCUUUGUAUAUGCAGUGGACGGUGCAAGGCACCGAGUCGCAAUGCGUGCCCGUGGUGUUCCUACAAUCGCCGCGCGCCGCCGACUUGGUCGAGCCCCAGACCCUGUGGACCGUCGUGUCGUUGGUGCUGUACACGUUUGCGUUCGUGGUCGCGUGUCUGCUCGUGCGGCUUCACGGCCUGUCGUUCGUCAAGACGUCCAUGUUCCAUGACCUCGCGCUCGUGUCGUUGCUCCUUGUCUUGCUCACGUCGUUGCUCGUGCACGUGCUGUGGCUCACGACGUUGCACCGACUGACGGGCGACGCGCGCGGCACCAGCGGCAUCGAGGCGGGCUUCCUCGUCGCGAUCGUGGAAGGGCUUCGGCAGACGCUUCUGUGGGUGUUUGUCGUGUCCGCAGGUGUCCACUGGACGGCGCUGUCGACGCCAGGACUUCGCCGCAUCCACAUGGAGUCUGGUCGUGUCGUCGGGGUCUGGGUGCUGGUCAUCAUCUCUCACUUUGUCGUGUUGUUGCUGUACGUGGUGCAAAACUACAGCGUCCUCAAGUGCACGUACGUCGACUACCUGCGCAACUCGGCGCAGACAUCGAUCGACAGGACUACUAGUACUACUAGUACGAUUGCAACCUUGAACAGCACGACCCAGCAGCUGUGGCUUCCACUGCUCCAACCCGCCGACUGGAAGUAUGGCGUCGACAAGGUCUGCGUGGACCGAACCGGCGGCGCGUUCGUGUUGACAUUCGUGCCGCUGCACCUACUUCCGCUGGUCGUGCUAGUGGGGCUCGUGGUCGUGGGGUGCAGUACGAAGAAGACACCUACUACGACUAGUAGUAGUACUAGUACUACUACGACUCCCAUGCACGACGACCACGUGCCGCUCCCAGUAGUCUCUGGAUCACCAAACGACCACCGUUCUCGAACUCUGUCGCAUACGACGACGACUCGUCCCCCUUUCUCAUGGAUUUCCCGCCUCUGUGCUGUGCUGGGGAUCAUGCCAUUAGCCGUGCACCAUUUCCUCACGUUGUAUUUAUAUGCGACAAGUCAACACCUGCCGCCUGUGAUGUGGUUGGUCGUGGGCGAGUACCUUCCCAUGUUGGCGCCGACAUUGGGGUACUUGGUGGUGCAGUGGACAUCCUCGACGGGUGGCGGUGGGAUGCUGCUGGACACGCGCCUGUCGCACAUGAUCAUGCGAUCGACCAAUCACGAACAAGACGCGUCGGAACAGUAUCGCAUGCCCCAGGACGACACCAACAACCACGAUGACAAUGUGAUUACGUCAUCAUCACUCAAGACAACGUCCGUGGCCCACGUGGCGGUGAUAACGUCGUCAUCAUCCAUGGGACAAACAACGGCAUGUGACAAGGUCGUCGUCCACUUGUCCCAUGUGGUGGACGACGACCCAGGGUGGUCCACAACCGUACACACGUCCAAGGAUGAACUCGUGACCAUCCCGUGGUAUCCGGAUGCGCGAAUCCGAUGCAUCGUCACGACGGUGUCACACAUGUCGGCGGUGGAGUCAGUGUUUGAGCUCGGCAGUUUACGUCAAGCGUCGCAUCAUGUGACAUGGAAAACCACCUGCGACACGGGGACGGUCACGAUUUCCCUCGUCCGAGUGGAUAAGACCGUGACCAAGCCCGUGUCGUUCACUGACCCGAGUGUCGACUCUGUCGCAGAAGAGCUGCGGGAACUGCCGUGGCCAACCGCCGUCGCCGUCCAGUACGUGGCCACGUGCGUGCUUCCGACGGUUUCGGUUCUGGCGGACCGGGCCGCCGAGGAUCUCGCCGCGACGUGCGCCCCGACGCCCCGACCCGAUCAACACCCCAUCGACCAAAUCCAGGAUGAGUGGGAAGCAGACGUGGUGCAGACGUGGCUACGUCAGCGGUGGACCAAGCGCGCCGAGUAUGCCGCGAUGCUCACGACCGGCAGCAGCAUUCCUGCGACAAUGUUACAACGACUGGACGAAGGCAAGUGGGUCAAACUCACGGCCGACGCCAAAACCAGUGCGCUGAGGUUCUUGCCCUGCAAUUUGCACGUCCAAGAUCUCCACGUAAUAGACGCACGGGGAGAGGCGGCCGCCGUGUAUUCGACGCUGACCAUGGGCGUAUUUGCCAGCGAUCACCCGACGCUGGCAGACACGGAGGGAAGUCCACAACAUGCAACAGAGGAACAUGAGACCACGUGGCACGCGCGGUACAAGGACGAAGUCCAGUGGGCCACGUGGGUGCGGGAAACGGAAACGAACGGCCAGGCGUUGGCGACGGUGGUCACAGCCGUGGUGGAUCAGUUGAAUACUCAGACGCAGGCGGCAUCCCGUUGGAUGGAAUGGGUGGCCACAAAGAGUGUGGUGUUUCACAUGGAGAGUCUCGUGUCGGACCACGGCAAGGAGCGGCAGAUGCUCCGCGACUGCGCCGCCGCCAUGGAAUGGCUCCAAUCGCAUGUGACACUGGGGCUGGAACUGGAAGAAGAAGGGUCGAAUGUCUAUGUUGUGAAUCAACGCGAUGUCGUGACCAGUGUCAACCUGGUCGUGCAGGCAUCUGAUCCAUCCCAUAUGUAUGUAUAUAUAUAUAUAUGUACAUUAUCACACAUUCGGUGUCUCAUGAAAAAGUAAUAUUGUUAUAUAUAUAUAUACAUUAUCACACAUUCGAUGUGUCUCAUGAAAAAGUAAUAUUGUUGUCCUUUUCCCCAAAAUUUGGCUGACUUUUCGCCAAAUCGAUCGAUCGUUUCGUUGUCCUGACUUUUGUAACGAUCGUCCAAUAGUAUCACACUAAUUUCAGGAAUUGGUCGAAUGUGAGUGGAUAAUUUGAUUGGCUCGUGGAUUCGUGAUCUGGGUUUUGAUUGGUCGAUAUAUCGACUGUCUGCCGAUGUAUUUGGUUCUUCACAUAUCCAAGUUCGAAUAUAUCGAUCGGCUUGACAAUGCCACAGGAACAGCGCCAAGGCGGCGGUGCAUGUGGUGUUGAGAGUGCGUGAACGAUUUUGGAACCACGUGCACGAACUCAUAGGGGGGGGUCCAUGCCACGACGCAACGCACCAAGGGGGGGGUCUUGGUUUUCGUGAACCACCCAAUAUGGCAACUGGGGUUGUCCGCAUCACGGCGCUGCUGUUCACGCAAGGCAUCGACGAAAGCCAAACGCUGGCGAAUAAGACGGGCGGGCUGUUUAAAGAAACGUUUCCGGACGUGGUGAACCAGCGCAGCGUCGACCGCCUGGCCGCGUUUGUCCAAGACCUUGAUGUAUAUGUUGAAGCCAAUAUGGCGCAAAAACUUGACCCGACUGAUGUAUACGUGUAUGUAUGGGGUGGUGUCUGUAGAUGUCCCCAGAUAUUGCAGACGUGGUGCGCAUGAAGCUGGCGGCGUUGACGCAAAGCAUCCUGCAAGCCAAGCGCGAGCGCGUCAAGAAGAAACAUCCAGAGAUCCUUCAAGUGGCGGCGCACAUCACGCGUCUGAUAGGGGGAGCCGCACGGGUGACGGCGUGCGCGAGUGGGAACGACCGCACGGCCAUGAGUGUGACGUUGGAACAUGGAUGGAUCCUCGGUCACUUUCACCACGUGCCGGCGCCCGGUGUCCGCCGAGCGGUCGCCGCCAUGCGCAGCGAAGGCGUGUGUUUGGAUGUCAUUGAGAAGAACAGAGGCACGCGGCAGUACUCGUUCAGCUCCCUCCAGCGCUCCAUGCUCCCAGAAGCCUACCGAUGCCCCGAAGGCACGUACGACAGCUCCGCGGCCGGACGCUGUUGACAUAUUUAUACAUAACGUAUCAACUUUCGCAGGUUAUUGUAUUAUCCCAGGUUUAGU